CUGGAUGAGGCCCACCCGUGCAUCCCGGCCGGUCUUAUAAUCAAUGGAUAAAGUGGGGAAAAUGUGGAAUAACUUCAAAUACAGGUGUCAGAAUCUCUUCAGCCAUGAGGGAGGAAGCCCUAGUGAACGCGUAGACGUGAAUUCCAACAGAUGUUUGUCUGUCAAAGAGAAAAACAUCAGUCUGGGAGACUUGUUUGUUCCUCAGCAACAAAGCAGUCCUUUGAGAGAAAAUAUUGCCUUACAACUGGGGUUAAGCCCAUCCAAGAAUUCUUCAAGGAGAAACCAAAACUGUGCCACUGAAAUUCCUCAAAUUGUUGAAAUAAGCAUUGAGAAAGAUAAUGAUUCAUGUGUCACCCCCGGAGCAAGAAUUGCACGAAGAGAUUCCUUCUCGCGGCAUGCCCCAUGGGGAGGGAAGAAAAAACAUUCCUGUUCCACAAAGACCCAGAGUUUGUUGGACACUGAUAAAAAGUUCGGUAGGACUCGCAGUGGACUUCAAAGGCGAGAGCCGAGCUAUGGAGUGAGCUCUGCACACGACAUGGACAGUGUUCCCAGCAGAACCCUGGGGAGCCGCUCUCUGAGACAGAGGCUUCAGGAUACUGUGGGCUUGUGUUUUCCUAUGAGAACUUAUAGCAAGCAAUCAAAGCCCCUCUUUUCCAAUAAAAGAAAAAUACAUCUUUCUGAAUUAAUGCUUGAGAAAUGUCCUUUUCCUGCUGGCUCAGAUCUAGCUCAAAAAUGGCAUUUGAUUAAACAGCAUACAGCUCCUGCGAGCCCACAUUCAACAUUUUUUGAUACAUUUGAUCCAUCUUUGGUUUCUACAGAAGAUGAAGAAGAUAGACUUAGAGAGAGAAGACGGCUUAGUAUUGAAGAAGGGGUGGACCCUCCUCCCAAUGCACAAAUACAUACAUUUGAAGCUACUGCACAGGUUAAUCCAUUAUAUAAACUGGGACCAAAGUUAGCUCCUGGAAUGACAGAAAUAAGUGGGGACAGUUCUGCAAUUCCACAAACUAAUUGUGACUCGGAAGAGGACACAACCACCCUGUGUUUGCAGUCGUGGAGGCAGAACCAACGUCAGGUAUCUGGAGACAGCCAUGCCCAUGUUAGCAGACAGGGAGCGUGGAAAGUUCACACGCAGAUUGAUUACAUUCACUGCCUCGUGCCGGAUUUGCUUCAGAUUACCGGGAAUCCUUGUUACUGGGGCGUGAUGGACCGAAAUGAAGCAGAAGCCCUACUGGAAGGGAAACCCGAAGGCACAUUUUUGCUCAGGGACUCUGCACAAGAGGACUACCUCUUCUCUGUGAGCUUCCGCGGCUAUAACAGAUCCCUGCAUGCCCGGAUUGAACAGUGGAACCACAGCUUCAGUUUCGAUGCCCAUGACCCAUGUGUUUUUCACUCCUCCACUGUAACAGGACUUCUAGAACAUUAUAAAGAUCCCAGUUCGUGCAUGUUUUUUGAACCAUUGCUUACAAUAUCUCUGAACAGGACUUUUCCUUUCAGCCUGCAGUGUAUCUGCUGUGCAGUGAUCUGCAGGUGCACUACAUAUGAUGGAAUUGAUGGUCUCCCUUUACCAUCCAUGUUACAGGAUAUUUUAAAAGAGUAUCAUUAUUAACAAAAAGUUAGGGUUUGCUGGUUAGAACGAGAACCAGACAAGGCGAAGUAAACUCUUCUGUUCCCAAAGGGCAUUAACUAGGUCUGCUUUCAUGUGCAUCAGACAGUACACGUAUAGGAAGCACAGUGUCAGUGCUUGGUUUUUCAUAUGGUGUGUAAGCUUAGUUAUUAGUUUCUGUCAGAUGCAGUCUACUGUUACUCAGACAGAUGUGGUGCCUAUUGAAACAACAGGAUAGAGCUGCAGGUGUUCAGUAAGGCUACAAAAACAUUUGCCCAUUUAGUUGAGUUUGGUUUUUAAUGGCUAUAGUAACUAAUGGAGGCAACUCUGGGGCAUUUGCUAUGAAGAAUUCUAUUUCUUACUAAAGAACAAAUUAAUAGUAGAUGAGUAUUUCAGAAGUUGACUGUUUGAAAUUAUUUUUUCUAAGAAUUUUUUAUAACCUUCCAAAAGUAGUGAUGUUUGUAGUUAUUAUAAG